GUCACAGUUAUAGUCACCCUCGCCGUAAGAGAAAUGAUCCGCAGAAAUCUAAAGCAAUGGAAGAACAUCGCCAUAGAAGCACCGAAUCAAUCAUUUUUGGUAGCCAAAUUACUCUGCUUCCUUCAUCUCACCAACAAGUAUCUCUGCACUGCUGCUCUUGCAAACCUACGGCCCCAGCAUGCUUCCGACUCUCAACCUCACCGGUGACCUCGUCCUCGCUGAGAGGAUCUCGCCUCGGAUUGGCAAGGUGGCUCCAGGUGAUAUCGUUCUUGUGCAGUCCCCUGUCAAUCCUAGAAAGGUAGUGACCAAGCGCGUGAUGGGCAUGGAAGGUGAUAGCGUCACCUAUGUUGUUGACCCCAAGAACAGCGAUGAAAGCGAUACUAUUGUGGUUCCUAAGGGGCAUAUUUGGAUAGAGGGAGAUAACAUACAUGAUUCGAAUGACUCAAGAAAGUUUGGGGCAUUUCCUUAUGGCCUUCUUCAAGCAUAAAUAUUUUGGAGGGUAUGGCCACCAAAAGAUUUUCGACCUUUGGGACAAAGAGCAAAAUAAAUGAAUGAAUUUGUAAGAUGAAUUUUUUUUUGAUACAUGUUGAUUGCCGCUUCUGUUCUAUAUGCUUGAUUUGAUUGUCUGAAGCAACUGCUACUAUUAUUCUUAAUGGAAUAUUAUUGAGCUUGGCUUAUUAGUCAGUAGGAAUUGAAGUAUCUUGAAUCCAAAAUUUGGACAUAAAUAAGUCAAUGCAUGGACAGUCAUACACUAACACUUGUACUUGAACCUUAUCUAAUGAAUGGCUUUUGCACCAAUAUUUGCUCGUCAAAAGCUUUGCCCAAAUUGUGGAAGCAAGUGUUUUUUUGAUACUUCAUGCCUCCCCCCUCAGUUCCAGUGGAGGGUGCUGCAGGAAAUUCCCCAUAGCCUAUACUUUGUUUCAAAUCUGUAGACUAUAUUUCUUGAAUCUAACUUCCUUUCAGAGUUGGGUUGAAUGCAACAUUAUGAACUACAUUCAUUCUCAUGUAAACUAUACAUCCAUUAAAUGUACAAUGCUUUUGCAUUUGUUUCAGGAACUAAAAGGGGAAAAAAACCACGAGUAUGUUGUUGACCACUUUAACCAAGAACAUUUUUUAUGGAUUUAGAUAGAAAUUAAAUUGAGGGCUUUACCAAAAAAAAAAAAAAAGUUGCUAAUAAAUUUUUAAUGGUGAAUACUGAAUAUGCAUGUAAAAGAUAGCUGGUCCAGAAUGCAUCUGUUUGUUGGUAACCUUCAUAGCUAACCUUAUAGCAAGAGAGCUGGCUUCUUGAUUGACCCAAAUGGUGUAUUCAUCCACUAGAACUGUUAACUGGUAUGUUUUUGUGUCCUAUACUACUGUAUUUUUCAAAAAGAACUUACUGAUUAUGAUGUAUUUGGCCUACAAAUAAUUUACGUAUGCCUUUCUAGACAUCCUAUGUCACAUAAGAUCUCUGAACAUCUAAUAAGAGGUUAUUAUAGGUACUGUGACUGAGAUCUUUGAAACAAGGUUUGGGAUCGAAUUCUGCUGCUUUGCUGAUCCUAAAAAGAACCAAGUAGGCAGGCAUAUCAUGAGACAUCAAUUAAGGCAGACAGUUAACUGUUGUUUUUCCGAUGCAGCGGUUGUAUUUUAAGAGGCAUUUUGGUCCGUAAACCUUUGUAAUUUAUAGGGUUUUUUGGUCUUUGUAAAAAUACACUAAUAGCACAGGCUUGGAUAAUAAACAUGCUCGUAGUAUUCCCAGCUGCCUCUAUCCAAAUUCAAGUUGGACCAACUUGUACACAUUGAUGGAUAGAUUUCUAUCCACCAGUAGUAUCCACAAGGAAAGUUGGCCCUACAGCACUUCAGGAUUAAGCAGUAAAAUUAAUGAUAUGCUGGACUACAGUAUUCCCAGUGUGGUCAUGCAUUAUAUGAUCAACUGUUCUCAAAAACUCAUUAUUUCCAAAUGGGCUUAUUUCACGGAAAGCAUAUUGGUAAGGUUUUCUUUUACAACUUUAUGUUGGACUAUUGGCUGUAGAUCAUCCAUACAUCCACCACGGUAUCAAUAU